AUGGCGGCGCGGCUGGCAGGAGGCGGCUGGCGGCGAGCGGCGCUGCUGCGCAGGCCGUGCUGCCUCGCGGGCGGGCGGCGAUGCUCCUCCAGUAGUGCAGCCCUUGGGAAGACUGUGUCUACUUCAGAAGUUGCUCAAGAAGAGAUUGUGCUCCCCCGCAAGAAAACCUGGGAUAAGCUGGCAGUUCUGCAGACCUUGGCUUCUACUGUGAGAAGGGACCCUACUGCUGCUCAUUACAUGUUCCAGGAUGACCCUUUCCUUAUGCCACGAAAUGCAGCCAGUUCUCGGCUGUUUGCACUGUCGAAGGAGUCUGGGAGGAAUGCUGCAAGAUACAUCAUUCAACACUUCCCUCAGUAUUUUGACAAGACUUUUGCAGAGCCCAAUGUACCAUGCUUGAUGCCAGAGACUCUUACACCUCAGACUGAAGGAGUGAGUGAGGAAGCUCUAAAAGAGCACAUCUGCCUCAGAAGGGUGAAGGAGUCUGUGGACCUGUUUGAUCAGCUCGUACAAGCAGGCACUCCUGUAUCUCUGGAGACCACAAACAGCCUUCUGGAUUUGUUAUGCUUCUAUGGAGAUGGAGAAUCUACCCUGGAAAAAGAGGAAGAAGAAAAAGAGGAUUCAGAAGAAGCAGAGGGGAAUGCUUCAGAGCAGAAGGCUCCCAAUAGGCAGCUCCGGAGAGGGUCGCAGCCGGCCGGGACUAGGUGGAGGGAGAACAACAAUGCUGAGAGGAUAUUUAAGAUCAUGCCUGAGAGGAAUGCCCACUCCUACUGCACCAUGAUCCGAGGGAUGGUGAAGCACGGGGCUCCUGCCAAGGCCUAUGACAUGUACAUGGACUUGCUGAACCAAAGGCACAAGGCUGAUGUGCACACCUUCAACAGCCUGAUUGCGGCAGUCCCGCAGCUGAAGGACAGGUUCCUGGAGAGGUGGGAGCUGGCCAAGGUCUUCCUGAACCACAUGGUUCAACAGGGAGUGCAGCCAAAUCUGCUGACUUUUAAUGCUCUGCUGAAGACUCUGAGAAGAUGUGGUGGUGUGGGCAGGAGUAUGUCCUUGCUGGUUAUAAAGGAAAUGGAGGCACUGGAUAUAGAGCCCAGCCUGGCCACCUACGAUCACCUGCUGGCCAUCUUCUACAGAGGCGUUCAGCUGCCCUCCUCAGGCAUCAUCUGUGAGGUGCUGGAUGAUGUGGAGCACAGGAGCUUCGCCGCGCAGGACCCCGACGACGCCAAGUUCUUCACCAAUGCUAUGCAAGUGUGCUGUGAGCUGAAGGACAUCAAGCUGGCCUACAGGCUGAACAAGGCCAUGGAGAAGGGAGACAACUGGAGGUUCCUGGACAUGGAGCGGCUCAACACCUACUGGUCAAAGUUCUUCUCCUUGCUGUGCAUGAUGGAGCAAAUUGAUGUUGUGCUGCAGUGGUACAGGGAGAUGUCCCCCUCGCUCUUCUAUCCCAGUGCCAAGAACAUCUUGGACCUCCUUCAAGCACUGGAUGCAGCCAACCACCUGGACAUGCUCCCUUCAGUCUGGGAAGACAUGAAACAGCUGGGCUUCAGCAGGAGACCAGAGCUGCUGGAUGAGCUCCUGUCCUUGAUGAGCAGGGAUCAGCACCCUCAGGAGAUUCAGCUGGCAUUUGCCACCUGUGCAGAAGACAUCAGAGCUGCCCAUGAGCCUGCUGGGAGGGAUCAGGCCCCACUACAGUGGACAGGCAGCAGCCUAGGCCAUGUGGCUCUGCUGUUCUCCAGGGCUGGGAGAACCCAGGAUGCUUGGAGCAUGAUGGAGAGGUUCCAGCAGAUCAACAGAAUUCCCAGUGAGCAGGUGAUGGAUGAGUUCCUGACCUGUGCUAAACAGAGCAACUCUGCAGAUGCAGCAGUUAGGCUGGUAAAGCUGGCAGCAUCCCUGGGCCUGCCUUCAUCCCAGAAGCUGAAAAGCAGAACAAAGAAAGAGUUUGAGCUCUCUGAAGAGCAGAGGGAGGCCCUGGAGAGCAUCACAGAUGGCGACAGCAGUGACAGUGACCAGGAGUAGCUGUCACUGCCCCUUGGAAACUGGGAGCAGCUCCUGCCCUGACUGCUGUGGGCAGUGACAGCACUGAGGGGACAGCUGCUGGGAGCUGCUGCUGAGCAGGGCAGAGCCUGCUGGUACAGGAGCUGCUGGGUGAGAGCAAGCUGGAAGCUGUCCUCUAUCAUCUUGGUGACUUCAAACACACCUGAGCUGUACCAGCACAAGCUUGGCCACCCACAGCUGUCUCCUGCCAGGCAGCUGUGACCUGAGCAGUCCUGGAGGCUGCUCCACCAGGUACAAGAUCUGACAGCCUUGGACCUUCUACAGCAUCAGCCUGCACUGGAGUCAACUCCUUUCCCUCCACCACUUCACGUCCAGAAUAAACACUGCAGCUGUGCAGCUCUCAGGCCUCUGCUGUUCCUUGGGCUGCAGGUGUUCAGCUGCUGCCAUUGGUACAGCUGGAGCUGAGGGCAGGAUCGGUGCUGAUGGCACAGUGGUGACAGGGGCAC